AUGGAGCGCCUCCUGUCUGCCUUCUCAGGAGCUGGAGUUACUCAUCUCUGUCCCCUCCGGCUGUGAGUGAGUAAUCGCCCCCUCAGCUCUGUCAGUGUCAGGAUAGAUCAUGUCAGACACACUCGCUGACGUCUGAACGUGUUGUUCCGUUGAGUUACACUCCUGCUGUUAAAACUUAGCCAAACUAAACCAGCUAAUAGACAACAAAGUUUUCUGAGGGGCCCUAAUUUUAUCCCCUUUGGCUGAUGAGAUUAAAUAAGUUUUGCAAUCUGCAGCAUGACUUAUGUAAGAAUAAUCUUAUUAUUGUGAGGAAACAGCGGCACAGAGGAAUAAGUUAAAUGGAGAACAUCUCUGAGGGGAUGUUUGAGUCACCAGGGCAGAGCGUAAUCCUCUCUUCUCUCUUCUUGCUCUUUCUUUUAUUCUCCCUGUCAGAAAGGUGCAGGGCCCAGGACACAGAGCCGCUCCGACUUUUGGGGAAUUAUCGAGCUGUUUUGCAAAGAGCUUAGCCAGAGUGUUUUCCCUGACGGUGAGAGAGCGGCUCUGGAGUGAGAUCAGGAUUUCAGCCGGGUCCCAGAUCAGUAUGUGGACUGACUGCUGAUCCCUCUCUGUUCUUGUCAGACCGUGAAGAGACGAGCUGUGCUCCAGUCCAGGGACGUCUCCAUCCAGUAAAAAGACUUUAUUUACAGUGCCAUGAACAAAAACCGCUGUGUUUCCUCCAACAAUGACAUCUUCAAAUAACAACUCUGAUUAUGAUUAAACUUGGGAGAAGAGUUGACCUUUUAGUGACCCCAAACCCCUCAGAGAGAGCUGUCCAUUAGAGUUACAGAAGGGACCCUUCAUACCUCAAAACCCCUCCUGCAUGAGGUUUGGUGGCCCGUAAGGUCAACAGCUCAGACAUUUCAUCACCACAAAAAUCAUUUCAUAAAACACACAAAACAGGAACAUAUUUAAAAACACACAAAACUGCAGAAAAAUGUUUCACAACCAGAAAAAUCUAUUUCACAAACAAAAAACACAAAAAUUUUCACAAUAAAAAAAGAAUUAUACACCGAAAAAAUCUAAAAAAACAAUCCCACAUUUUUGUUCAUUUACUCAAAACACACAUCUUUCACAUUACAUGAAAAUAUUUCACAAAAUACAGAAAUACUAAAAAAAACAAAAGUGUUUAUAUUAUAUAUAUAUACUCACCGUACCUCAUAUAUAAAAAGUAUAUACUGUAUAUACAUUAUGUAUACAGGUCUGAUGGUCUGAAGGUCAAACUGAUCUUAAGAUCCACAUUUAUCUAUAAAAUCUUCAUUUCCCAGCAGUGACGCACCUCUCUGUGUAUAAGUGUGAUCGCAUCUCAGUGUGUUUGUGAUGUUAUUGGGACUUGUUCUGAGCCUGUAUGUGUGUGUAAUGUUGUUAAGUGUGUGUGAUGUUGUGGAGUGUGUGUGUCUCAGGAUCCUGACUCUUGGAUGGUGUGUCGUCUCUCCUUCAGGCUGUUUGCUCUCCCAGUUUUCUUGCUCGCUCUCUGGGCUCACUCUCCUAGUUCGCUCUCCGGGCUCAGACAGGAUUUCGGCGAGCAGCCACGCCUGGACGUCGCUCUCAGAGAUGUGGUGUAG